AAGAAAAGCCUCAGCUCUCAAAGCGUCGUCACAGCUGGAAUAUAGAGAGCAUUGGAUCAGAGUUUUUGGCUGUGGAAAUGAAAGAAGAGUCUUUCUGUGACAGUUCUAAAGAGGUCCAGAAGCCCCCACAGAUUAAAGAGGAGCAGGGGGAUGUCACGGAGUUUAAUUUCGUUUCUGUCUUUGUGAAGCGUGAAGGUGAAGAAGAGAAACCGCAGCCCUCAGAGCUUCAUCACAGCUGGUGUAAUGAGAUCACAGACUCUGCCAGGUCAGGUCCGGAUCAGUAUUUAAAAGACAAGACUUUAGAUUCAUCAGAGAGGGAUGUCAGUGAUGGAGACUGGGAGGAGAGCAACAAACCUCGGUCAGAUUUAUUUUCUGUGGAAACUAAUGAGGCGUCUGUUGGUGAUAAAAGUCUUAAGUCUGUUGAGAAACCUUUCAGCUGCUCCGUCUGUUUCCAGUGUUUCAAUACAGAAAAGUUCUUAUUAGUCACAAAGAUAUUCACGACUGCUUAGCUUUCACGUGCAAUGUCUGUAGUGAAGGUUUUGAACAAAAAUAUUUGUGGAGCACAUGAAAAUCCACGCUGAAGAGUCACUUUUCAGUUUUUCUUAUUACUGACCACGUGUUUUUGAAUAAACUCAAUUUGUAAUGGGACUUUUACAUGAAAUAGAACUAUUGUGAUUUUAAAAAAGAAUCCACUCAGUGAGAUUUAUAAAGAAACACUACAGCAGGGAAAUCACAAAUGUUUUGUUUUAUACUGUAUUUUAGUUGAACUUACAAGCCUGCUCAAUAACACUGAUUUAAGUUUCAAGAAUGUCAUAAGAUGUUUUUAUCCCUGCACGUGGAAUGUACUGUUUUAUUUUUAAUGCCCCAGGCCCAGUGUCGUUCAAGCUGCAGAUUAGACUAGAAAAAAGGUUACCAGUUUUUUUUUCUAAUAAGAAGAAUAAAGAAAAUGUAUCAGACUCA